CUACCGUACUCCUAAUCCUAUUUUUAGUUCAUUCGAGCCACGAAGGGUCGACGCUCUCCGUCUCGCAGCAAACGAACAAGAACAAGAAGAAGAAAGAAGAACGAAGAAGACAAGUAUGCAUUGAUCCCAAGACGCGCCAACAUUGAUGCACUUUGGAAUACCUAAGAAUCUCCAACAAAUAGAAAGCAGACCGCCAUGAAGCAGCUUCACAAGCAAUCAAGCAUCAGAAGGGACGAGGAGCUCCCCAGCUCCCAGAAGUCCCCAUAUUCUCCCAAGGCCUUCAAACCCAGAUCCCUACCCAGAUCCAUCAACUACCUCUUCAGAGAACAACGCCUCUUAUUCAUUCUCGUCGGGGUUCUCAUUGGCUCCACCUUCUUCAUCCUCCAGCCUACUCUCUCUCGCCUCGGCACCGCCGACCCAUCUCCCACCAAUCGCGCCACCAUCCCUAGAUCCUACGACCAACGCCGCCUUGACUCCGCCGUCUAUCAGAGCCGAUCUUCCGCCAAGCUGGUUGGACGCGUACCGGUGGCGAUCGGGCGCCGGAGGCUCAGGAUUGUUGUCACUGGUGGUGCUGGAUUUGUUGGGAGCCAUCUUGUGGAUAAGAUUAUCGAUCGUGGCGACGAGGUUAUUGUUAUUGACAAUUUCUUCACUGGGAGGAAGGACAAUUUGGUGCACCAAUUCUCGAAUCCAAGGUUUGAGCUCAUCCGCCACGAUGUGGUGGAGCCGAUUCUCCUGGAGGUGGAUCAGAUCUAUCACUUGGCUUGCCCAGCUUCUCCGGUCCAUUACAAGUACAACCCCGUCAAGACGAUCAAGACAAAUGUGAUGGGUACUCUUAAUAUGUUGGGCCUCGCAAAGAGGGUUGGGGCAAAGUUUCUGCUCACGAGUACCAGUGAGGUAUAUGGUGACCCUCUUGAGCAUCCACAGAAGGAGACUUAUUGGGGAAAUGUUAAUCCAAUAGGUGAAAGGAGCUGCUAUGAUGAAGGAAAGCGGACAGCAGAGACCUUAGCCAUGGAUUAUCACCGAGGUGCAGGUGUUGAGGUGCGGAUUGCUCGCAUCUUUAAUACAUAUGGGCCUCGCAUGUGUUUGGAUGAUGGACGUGUUGUUAGCAAUUUUGUUGCUCAGGCCAUUCGCAAACUGCCCUUAACUGUGUAUGGUGAUGGGAAACAAACUCGGAGCUUUCAAUAUGUUUCUGACCUGGUUGAAGGACUAGUGGCUCUAAUGGAAGGUGAGCAUGUGGGUCCUUUCAACCUUGGUAAUCCCGGAGAGUUCACCAUGCUAGAACUUGCUGAGGUGGUCAAAGAAACAAUUGAUUCGAGUGCAGCCAUAGAAUUCAGGCCAAAUACUGCUGAUGAUCCACAUAAAAGGAAACCAGAUAUUAGCAAAGCGAAGGAGUUGCUUAACUGGGAGCCAAAAGUUUCUCUGAGAGAGGGAUUGCCUGUCAUGGUGAGUGAUUUCCGCAAUCGAAUUUUGAAUGAAGAUGAAGGAAAAGGGCUGUGAAUGAAGAACUGACAGAGACACCAAUAUGUAUAGUGUGAAGAGCAUACAAGUAUGUUGUUGAUCCAUUUUAUCACCAUCAGAAAUUCUAGAAGUAAGGCAAUAUAGGAAGGAGUUAUUUGUUUAUUUACAUUUUAUGCUUGGAGAGCAACGAUUCUACAUUAUUUUCACAAGUUUUGUAGUGGUUAAAUGCUGAAUUGAAUUGACAGUUUUUGCCAUCUAGAUAUGCGUAUCUAGAGCAAUUGGUUGCUGUCUUUCCCCGUCUGUUUUGGGUUGAGAUUUCCUUGGCAAGGAAGAGAUACUUAAGGUCGGUGGAUUGGUGCCUUUGCUUUUU